UGACUGUCUAACGUGACGUCAAUAUUUCCACGUUGGAAGAGUGUAGUUCAAGUUGUUUGUUUUUGUAUAGUUCUUAAAAUGAAUUAAAGUUAAUUAAAAUAAUUUUUCACGUUUAGUGAGAUCUGUUAUUUGUGUGUUUAGUGUGAAUAUAUAUUUUAUUCAGUGUUAGUGAAUAGACCACAUAACCGCAGUGCGCGUCUCAAGAUAGGUUUUAGCCUCUGUAGGCGAGGUUUACCUCCCUGUCGGCGUAAUAAGGUCAAAUAGGCUGGACAACCGUUAUCUACGAAGAUUUGUAAAUAUUGUUGCCGUGGGCGCAAAUUUAUAUACUAUAAAACAUUACUUGGCUAUUUUCGUCUGCCCCCGAUUUUAAAAUAGUUUAUUUUAAAUCUGAGCCUGUUGUAAACAUAUGGAAGAAUGUCAUUGCCAACUGACUUGAGUUUGAUGGAUUUACUCCUUGAUAAAGAAGACAAUCUUUUAAGUUUUGACAGAGAUUUUAUUGGAGAUGAUAUGAAAUUCAGCUUAGACCAAAAGUCGAUUAAUAACGAUGAUUGGACAAACGGAGUUGAUUUCCUUGACUCACUGUUGGAACUGGAAAAUGACAGUGGAUUGCUUCAGGACUCAAAAGUGCUUGAGAAAGAUGUUUUGGCAACACCUGCAGAAUCUGUGGUUGAAAGCAGCUCUUGUUCAGACAGCGGUUUGUCCAGCGAUCAGCAGUUCUCCCCCAUGGUGCAAGACGUAGAGGAUGAAGAUGAUCUAGAAGAGGUUAUCUUUGAGGAGGAGGUUUAUACGGAAUCUGAGAUCAAGGAGGAGGUUUUGGAGAUUGAAGAUGUUGAUGAUGAACCUCCGAUGGAGGUUUUGAAAAUGGAUAGUGUUGACGUGAAACAUGAGGAUAACCAACCGGUUGUCACACUCAAUGUAUCCCACGUGCGUCCAGCCACCAACCCCCCCACUCUUCGAGUGAAGCCUGUGCCUGUCGUAGCCCCUCGCCGAGUGAUUCGAGUCACCCCGAUCCAAUCUGCCAACCCCCGCUCCAUCCUCAUCCCCGUUAAUGGCGUGUCCGGUGUGCGCACCAUCAAGAUCAUCAAUGCUGGUGGCAAGUCGCAGGGAAGCCUCACUGCACGGGCCAAGCAGAUGCUUAACUCCACUGUUAUCACUUCUAUCAGCGACGACAAGGACUCGUCCUCGGAGACUUCAGAGCAUGAGUCGGUGUACCCCAGAUUACAACUUACCGCGGAGGAGAAAAGACUGAUGGCAAAAGAAGGAAUAACCCUUCCUUCCCAUUAUCCGCUGACCAAACAUGAAGAGAGGGAACUGAAAAGAAUACGCAGAAAAAUUCGCAAUAAGAUAUCGGCCCAGGAUUCCAGAAAGCGGAAGAAGGAGUAUGUUGACGGACUAGAGGAUAGAGUGAAGCAAUGCACGGAGGAGAACCUGACGCUGCUGAAACGGCUGAAGGUACUGCAGAACCAGAACCAGUCACUGAGUGCUCAGCUGCGGAGACUGCAGGCGGCAGUGGUACGAGGGACAGCCCAGACUACCCAGCCGGCUACUUGCCUUAUGGUGCUGGUCCUUAGCUUGGCACUGGUCAUGGCUCCUAACCUGCGCUCUUCACGUCCCGCUACAGAGCAUGACCUCGACAUUCCUGACUCCAAGUCUUCACCACUUGCAGGUCGCUCGAGGACUUUGCUGUUUACAAAGCCUGCAGAUCAAACACCCAUAGAGAACGUUUUUGACCAGAACAAUGUUGGAAGUGAAGAGACAGAGAAGAAGUUGAUGAAUGAUUUGGAAGAGCUUUUGCAGUUCAAGAAACCUCAGCAGGACGAUCACGACUACACCCAGGCUUACACGGUUGGCAGAAAGAGAGCGAAGACGUAUAUCGUACCAGACAUCGACGAUACGUGGCCCCCGCCAAAGAUACCACGAGCUGACACUUCUAACCAGCCUGUGGCGGUCACCACGACUGCGCUUCACAACAAGACUGGGAGUCCUCCAGACGAACGGAAGUAUAUAGUGGAGCUUCCCGAGUGAUUUUCCAUCAAGAGUUGAGCUGCUGUUGGUUUUCAUGGGUCUGGUUAGCUUGUCCGGGUUAGUUUACCUUCUUCUGCCACUAUUAUUUUCCGGGAAUUUAUAACCGUUUAUAGGUUUAUUUUUUAUAUUUUAUCUAACAUAUGAUUUUUGGUUAUAUAUUUUUAUAUAUUUUAUUCUUUACAGUUUAAAAUAUUUUAGUUUUACAACAACCUCGAUUGCACUGUCAGUGUGGACGAGCGUGUCCUUCACUGAGGUGCAAGAGGUACAGAUAAGAAAAACAGUCUAGAUUUCUGAAAGGGAGAAAGUAUAGUGUUGAAAGAAAAGAUGGGCAUUUCCUGCACUUAUUGAUUGUCAUACAGCAGCACUGAUGGGAAAAUCUUUGGAAGACAAAGUUAAGUUCAUAAUACAACAGCAUAAACGUGUUGUUAUUAAUACAGUUGGUGGCUCUGCAGAAAAAACGUGGGAAGUAAAAAUUGAGAAAAGAUUCUGUACAACUCAAUAAAUUUAAAACAUAAUAAAACAAAUAGCAUAACUGCAUUCCACUGCCAUGACAAGUUAGUGGGGUCUUUAAAAAAGAAAAAAAAAAUGUUAAGCAAGUUGUUUGAUUGUGGGGAGGAAGAGAAUGUUUUAAUAUAAUGUGUUUCAAAUUGAAACCUUAUCAUCUUAAGAGGUUAAUUUACAAUAGACAAAUUGACCUGAUCAGCUUACAAAAGUUUAAAACCAGUAUAGAUGAUUUUUUUCUUUAUUCAUAAAAAUAUUUUUUCUAACAAUAAUAUAAAUGGCAUUGGGCUAGAUUAGAGGGAGAAGGGAAUCAUUAUUUUGCCUUUCCAGUGCUAUUUACUAUUAUGAUAUUUACCACGGUUUAAUAGGCAUAUCUUUAGGGAUCAUUGAGGCAAUCAGUUUUUCAUCAAUCUCAAUGCAAAUAUCACUAUAAUCAAAAUUAACUUUCCAAGAUUUUCUUAAAAGACAAAAUGAUAUUCUAUAUACAAUGCAUUUAUAGAAUAAUUUAUUAAUCAUUAAUUGUAUUAAAUACCCAUAUUGAUAAAUUAAAGUUAUGAGAAAAUGUGACUGUUUUACUUAUACACUGUUUAUCUUAAAUCAGUAUAAAUAUUAUUUUUUUACAGAUAUAUAUAUAUAUUUGUAUUUUAGUAUUCUAUUUGAUUACUAUUUAGAUUUUAAUUUGUGCAUGAGAUGCGUAAUUUUUACACAGUUAAUAUUUUAUUAUAUGUAAUGUGCUUAAAAAAUGUUAAGGACUAAAGAAGUAAAUGGAUGUCAGAUAUAAGUUUUCUCUCCUCAGUCCUAGAAAGUAAUCCACAUUUUUAUACUCUAUGUUCUCAAAGGUACUGUAUUGUUUGAUAGUAAACCGUCUUCAACCUUUUACUCUGUCCAUUCCACUAAAAGCAUGAAUGUAUGAGCUUAUGUUGUAAGUAUUUAAAAUAGGUUAGAUUAACAUUUGCAAUGCAAUUUGUGUAUUAAAAUAUAGGCUUACAAUGUUAUUUAGUUUAAGUUAUUUUAUAUGGAAUGUUUUGUUGAUGUCCUUGUUAAUUUUAUCUUUAAAUGGAUUUUAUAUAAUAUAUAAAGUAGUAAUUGUUUUCAAAACAAUUAAAAAAUUAAAGUAAAAAUGUAUAGUACUGUAUGAAUGUGUAUUUAUGUUAAGCUAUUGUAAUAUCAACAAAAUUGUUUGAUGCAUUUUGUUUGAGUAGUAUGUUAUCUUAGAGUUCCUUGUUAUUAAAAGAAUCAUUAAUCAUAAUGGGUGAGUUAUUGUGGGAUAAUUGUAGGUCAACGAUCUUGUUGUUACUUGAGUUAGUGUUUUCUUUGAUAUUUUGCUUUAUAAGAAGCUUUAUUGAAGGGCUGUAUAUGACUUGUGCGCUAUUGAGAUGUAAAUUUGUUUAAGCAAAUUAAACAGCAGCAUGGAGGAUUGA